GGCGGAGAGAAAUCUGUGUGACACAACUUGUUUAUUCUGGCCUGGUGAACUGCCAGGGUCGGAUGCGUUCGGAGCGUUGUCAGCUCAGCGUCUAUUGUGAGCGCUUAUCCGAACGGCUCCCAAGUUGACAAUCAGCUGUUCGCGUUUCGUAGGAAACACGGGCUUCAUCGCGGAACCGUUCAUUAGACUGAGAUUUUGGUACGUUUGUCUUCGUGCGUGUGACAAGUAGUUCAUAAAUGAGAAACGAAAUCGCGUGAGACGACUCCGCACCAGAGUUGAGGUUCCCGAGUAGCCAGCGGUGUGUCGAGUGGCAGGCAGCCUCCGCGUGCGCGGCAGAAUGGACCUUCUGUGCAAUGAAACCGAGUGCGACUGCAAAGCCUACCCGGAUCCGGUCUUGCUGGGCGAUGAACGAGUGUUACAGAACCUGUUGAGAACCGAGGAGCGCUACGCGCCGUCCGGCUCGUAUUUUUCGUGUGUGCAGAGCGAGAUCACGCCAGAAAUGAGGACCAUUGUCGCCGAGUGGAUGCUGGAGGUGUGCGAGGAGCAGAAGCGCCAGGAGGAGGUGUUCCUGCUGGCGGUGAACUACAUGGACCGCUUCCUGAGCGUGUGCAACAUCCGCAAGACGCAGCUGCAGCUGCUGGGCACCACGUGCCUGCUGCUCAGCUCCAAACUGCGCGAGAGCCUGCCCUUCUCCGCCAAGCGACUAGUCUUCUACACCGACAACAGCAUCACCCUCGACGACCUCUGGAGGUGGGAGCUGCUGGUGCUGUCCAAGCUCAAGUGGGACCUGUCCGCCGUCACGCCCCAGGACUUCCUGGCGCACAUCCUCCGCCGGCUGCCGCUGUCCGACCUGUGGGACGCCGACAUGGUGCAGCGCCACGCGCAAAUCUUCAUCGCCCUCUGCGCGCGAGAUUUCAAGUUUUCGCUGUACACUCCGAGCAUCAUCGCAGCUGCUAGUAUUGCUGCAGCUCUUCAUGGUUUGGGAUGGUCUUCAAAAAGCGGAUACACACUCAGGGAACUAUUGGAAUUAUUGCACCGAAUCACUGCCAUAGAAAUAGACUAUCUUCAAGGAUGCCUUACCCAAAUUGAUGAGAUGGUUACUAUGAAUAGUCAAGGUAUGGCAACAAGCAGUGACAUUUCGGGAAACGGGAAUCAAGUUAACGUGAGUUCCACACAUCCUGCCAACACUCGGCCACCCGACCAUCCUUUGGGGUCUUCAGGAGCAGACAAGAUUCUCGAAAGUGGCAAAGCUGGAACACCAACAGACGUUCAUGAUGUUCAUUUUUAAAACAAUUCCAUGAAUUGUUCAAUCUGACUUUGAACUUAUCUCUUGAUAAAUCAAGGGAAAUGCCUGAGAUCCUCCAUGUGCAAAUAGCAUGUUAUAGAGUCUUAAUUAUUUGUAGAACACAAGUCAUACCUAGCAAUUGCUACUCUUUUCCUGAUAUACAUCAUUAGUGUGCCAAGAUUUAGUGCAAUUUUAUCUUACAGUAAUUUUAAGCAUUAAUUCCAGUGCUUGUACAAUCAAUUUGUUCGUUCAGUCAAUUCUUGGUGAAUUUUAAUUAUGAAUUACAGAGAUAUAACACAUUCUGCUAGAUUCCAUUUGUGGUCUGAAACAAUUUUAAAAUUCUCAUAGAUACUUAUGAUACUGUCUUCUAAGCAUUCAAAACUGAAUGGAUAUGUAGAUACCAUAAACAAGUAGAAUGUAGGAAGAUAUGAAAAUUUGUGACUUUGAGAUGAGAAAACAAUUUUGAGACUACUGCAGAAUGAGAUUAAUGAACUGUUUAAGAUCCUCCAAGUCUGCUUAAAACAGGUUUAGUUAACAUUAUCAAAAGUAUCUAUUAUACAUGAGAAGUACCUAAUUUGAAACAAGUGAUUUUAUAGUGUGAGGUUUCAUUAAGUACAAAAAGUCUCGACAAUUGAAAGAUAUGCUGCCCCAUAUUUCUGCAGAAGAGAGACGACAAAUUCAGGUGGCCCAUUUCUCAUUUAAAAAAUUAAUCAACAUGUGACACAGAAGAAACUUCUUCAAAAAACAUGUGUCAGGUAAAAUGAUGAUGGGCUGAAGGUGAUGUCCUUCAUCUCAUUAUUGUAACCCAAACUGACAAAUAUUUUCUGCCAAGAGAAGAACAUGCCUCGAUUUAGGUAGGGGGAAGGCAAUUAUAUACGCUUUUUGAGUGCGCACUAAUUAUAUUAAUACUACUUGAAAAAUAAUCGUAGAGUAAUGAAUUAAAACAUGCUUUAGUCAAUUUUAGUCAUUUGUACAUAUGUUUUAAUCGAACAGAGAUGCUAAUAAAAAUGUGUGAAGUAGAUUUGUAAGAUAAUAUUAUAUUUCAUUGGUUCUACUUUUUCUUGGGUUCCUACAAAGUAUGAAAGUAAAAAAGUGGGUUGAAGUGUUAUGAAAAUAACUGGACAUUAUAUAAACAUUAAUGAAGAAUUGUUCAUGUUGAUAAAAAUAUGGGACAAAAAAAUAUAGACAUGGUACUCUUUUGUGGUGUUAAUGAAAGAGAGACUCAAGAUGUAGAUAUAUUUUAACUGGAAGAAAGGUUUUGUGAGGAUUUAAACUUAAAAUAAGAUAAUGAAAAAUAUUGUGAUUUCAUUUGUCAUGGAAAUACCAAUUAUUGUGCAAAGAAUUAUUUUUAAAAUUUUCUCUCAGAAUAAAAGACUUAUCAAUUUAAAGACUGCCUCUGAGUAGGGCUUUCCAGGUGCAUCUUCCACAUGAAGAUAACUACAUUCUAGUUAACACUUUUAAUUAGUAAAAAGUGAUAUUGCACAAACAUUUAUAAAUGGUACUUACAAUCUGGUUUCUUAUAUUAUAUGUUUUCAACAAUAUCUGUAUAGAUCUUAGCCCUUUUAGUCAUUACUUUUAGUGUCUCUGUGGGCAUAUUUCCUCUCAGUAUUUUGUCUUUUAUUUGAUAUUGUGACAUAUAAUAAUUUGUGAAUGAAAUGUGAAGUCGUACUGGAAGUCAUCAAUAAGUUAAACUUUUAAUUUUUUUCUCAGUUGGAUACAAGAGAAUUUGAACAUGAAACGUAUUCCUUGCUGUAUGUACAAACUAGUUAUUCAAAGAUGUUAGAUCAUUUAAAACUAUACAAUUUUGUAUUGUAACAAUUCACUUUUAUUUUAUGUAGUAAAUAACAUGAAUGCUAUUAAUGACAUAAAUUAUGUACCUUAUUGAAUGAAUGUGUAUUAUUGUAUGAAUUUAUGAAAGAUUUUUAUGUGAUGAACACUAUUAGAUUAUACUGUGAACAGAUAUACAUUUUUGGAUGAAUGUUUAUGGCUAGGUUAUGUGCUUAACUUUUGUACAUUGUUGUAUGUAUUUUUUAUACAAUCACUGUAUUAUCGAAUUAUUGAUAAGUGUAAAAACAUAUCAUGUAUGUUAGUUGUCAUUUAAUGUGUAGACAACCAGCUGCUGCCACUUUCAAAACUUGAUUAUACACAUGUUGUUUUGGUUCCAUUACCUACAGCUCGAGCAAUAGAUCCUGUUAAUAUUGUAUCACCCAUAUACCUCAUGUUUCAAUAACUCGUUAAGAGUUGAAGUCUUUCCUUUACGAUGCCACGUAGAGAUUUGUAUAAUAAAUGAAAAAAUAUUUAAAUUGCAUGAUAUAUAGUUAAAAUGUAUCAUUCUGUGUAAUUAAGGCAGAGAAAAUGAGAAUGUCAUGAGAAUAAAGAGAAUAUAUGUUAUGAUAAAUUUUGUUAUUAAACCUAACUCCUACAACUGUUCUC